AGGCGGCCGGGAACGCUUACUCCGGCGAUAAAAAUUCCACCAGCUGAAAUACAAACUUAUAAUCCAGAUUAUAAUUAUAUGACUAGCUAUAUUGGCGCUGUUUUGUUCUAGACGCCAAUAUCCAUUGUCGCGUCCGACGCGAAACUUGACGUUUCGCGCGCUUUCUCUACCCGCCAUCUUGACGGCAUUUUUCGAGUUUUCCCGGAAGUAAGUGCAAAGGAAUAUAAUUUUUAACAUCCAAAAUUUGUUGUGCUUAUUUUUAAGUGUCGUGAGAGUGACUUCUAUUUCUCAUCCUACAUUUCAUCAGCAGUAAGAGGCAGUGGCAGUAGACUGGGUGACCAGCGUGACCCACGUUGGUACAUCGACUCAGCGUACGCCUCUUCCCUCAAAGUCUCCCUUCGGCUACCAACCAGACAGUUUUUAGAAGACUUUUAUCAACCUCAAUAUCUGCAGAGUGAUUUUAGAAGAUAUAUAAUGGCCGAAGUCAAAAUGCCGAGCGGCCACCUUGACAAGCCGACAAUCGAGGACAACAGAGAUGGUACAGUCAGCAUUAAAUACGAGCCCAGAGAGGAAGGCGUGCACGAGCUAUAUGUCAAAUAUAACGGGGAACAUGUACAAGGCUCCCCCUACAAGUUCACAGUGGAUUCUAUCUCCUCGGGCUACGUGACGGCAUACGGUCCAGGUCUGAUCAACGGCGUGAGCGGAGAACCGAGCGAGUUCACCAUCAGCACCAAGGGCGCCGGAGCUGGAGGACUGUCUAUGGCUGUGGAAGGACCCAGCAAGGCUGAGAUCACUUGCCAUGACAAUAAGGAUGGCACGGUCGCAGUGUCCUACCUACCCACCGCGCCUGGAGAGUACAAGGUUUCUAUCAGGUUCGGAGACAAACACAUCAAGGGAUCACCCUUCAUUGCUAAGGUGACGGGCGAGGGUCGCAAGAGGAACCAGAUUUCUGUGGGUAGCUGCAGCGAGGUCACUCUACCAGGGAAGAUCGCUGACACCGAUAUUCGUAGCUUAAAUGCUUCUAUCCAGGCCCCAUCAGGCCUCGAAGAGCCUUGUUUCCUCAAGCGCCUUCCGUCAGGCAACAUCGGCAUCAGCUUCACGCCACGCGAGGCAGGUCAGCACAUCGUGUCCGUCAAGAAGAUGGGUGUCCACAUUCAGAACUCACCGUUUAAUAUCACCGUCCAGGAGCAGGAGGUCGGCGAUGCUAAAAAAGUUUUGGUUGGAGGCACUGCCCUGAAGGAGGGCAAGACUCAUGCAGAGAACACCUUCACAGUUGACACCAAGAACGCUGGAUAUGGCGGUCUAUCACUUUCCAUUGAAGGACCUAGCAAAGCCGAGAUCCAAUGUGCUGACAGCAAGAAUGGCGUGCUGGCCAUCAGCUACAAGCCAACGGAACCCGGUUAUUACAUUAUCAACCUGAAAUUCGCCGACCAUCACGUUGAGGGUUCCCCCUUCACUGUCAAGGUCACUGGUGAAGGCAGCAACAGACAGAGAGAGAAGAUCCAGAGACAACGGGACCCCGCUCCUCUCACAGAGGUUGGCACCAACUGCAAACUCACCUUCAAAAUGCCUGGCAUCACUUCCUUCGACCUGGCCGCCACGGUGACCAGCCCGGGGGGCGUCUCCGAGGACGCCGAGAUCCAGGAGGCUGAGGACGACCUGUACUCCGUCCACUUCGUGCCCAAAGAGCUGGGUGUCCACACCGUGUCUGUCAAGUACAGGGAGAUUCAUAUUCCCGGAUCCCCCUUCCAAUUCACCGUGGGCCCUCUUCGUGACUCCGGCGCACAUCUAGUGAAAGCUGGUGGUUCCGGCCUGGAGCGAGGAGAAGCCGGGCGCUUCAACGAGUUCAAUGUGUGGACGAGGGAGGCGGGGGCGGGCCAGUUGGCCAUCUCGCUCGAGGGGCCGAGCAAGGCCGAGAUCAACUUUACUGACAGAAAAGAUGGGUCUUGCGAUGUGUCCUACAAGGUCGACGAGCCUGGUGAAUACCGCAUCGGCCUGAAGUUUAACGAGCAGCACAUCCCAGACUCCCCGUUCAAGGUGUACAUAAGCCCAGCAGUGGGCGACGCGUACCUCCUGGAGGUGGCCCAGUUCCCGGACUCGGCCCAGGUGGACAAACCCGCUCAGUUCUACAUUAGAUUCAAUGGAGCCAAGGGAGAGCUGGACGCUAGGGUGAUCUCCCCCUCGGGCAAGACUGACGACUGCUUCAUACAGAACAUCGACGGGGACCAGUACAGCAUCAGGUUCAUGCCCAGGGAGAACGGGGUCCACAACAUCAACGUGAAGUUCAAUGGCGUCCACAUCCCGGCCUCCCCGUUGAGGAUUAAGGUUGGCAAAGAUGACGCUGAUCCCGCGGCUGUGCACGCGCACGGCCCUGGUCUGGGUCAAGUGAAGACUGGAGCCAAGACGGACCUGAUCAUCGACACCUGCAACGCCGGCGCCGGCAUCCUAGCAGUAACUGUGGACGGACCCAGUAGAGUGGCCAUGGACUGCACAGAAGUAGAAGAAGGUUACAAGGUCCGAUACACUCCGCUGGCACCAGGUUUCUACUACAUGAGCGUCAAAUACAACGGAGCCCACAUAGUCGGCUCUCCUUUCAAAAUCGAGGCUACUGGUGGCAACCUCGCCGAAAUCGGUGCACAAGAAACGUCCUCAGUGACAGUGGAAACAGUUCAGAAGGUCUCGAAGGCUGGCCAGAAACAGGGUCCGGUGUUGCCGCACUUCAAGUCUGACGCGUCCAAGGUUCAGUCCAAAGGCAUGGGGCUGAAGAAAGCGUAUCUGAAUAAGCAUAAUCAGUUUACGGUGCACGCUGGCGACGCUGGAACAAACAUCCUUUACGUCGGUAUCUACGGGCCCAAAGGACCCUGCGACGAAGUUCAGCUCAAACACAAGGGCAAGAAUAACUAUGAAUGUUGGUAUGUCGUUCGAGACAGGGGUGACUACAUCGUGAUCGUCAAAUGGGGUGACGAACACAUCCCCGGCUCCCCCUACAAGGUUGAAGUCUAAAACAAAAUGGCCGAUGACAGCGUAUGUAGAUGUCCUUCCCGAAUAAUCUAGAACCAAUUUGUGUGUGCCAAUCUCCAAGUGUAAAUUUUCGGAAGUGUUUUCUUUAUUCUUUAUAAGCUUUGUACGUGAGAAUUUACAUUUGAAGAUAAUUAUUUUAUAAGAUUAAGAUAUUUCUAAUAAUAUUGUUUUUUUUAGAAAUAACAUAAUAAGACAUUCAAAAAGUGCCAUAACUAUGUUUCAUUUUGUAUUUUAUAUUUUUUUUAGUUUUUAAAAGUAAAUUUACAUACGCUGUUGUUCUCAAUGAUUUUUAUAUACUCAGCUAGUCAAAUUUCAUUGAAACGGGGUGGCGAAAAGAAUGUAAAAAAGUGAUCUCCCGGUUAUAAUUGCAAAAAAAGAGAUCUUUUCGCGACCCGUCAAGUGUUAACGUUGCUAAAAGUAUUCGUAUAUCCAUAUUUUCCGCAAGCAUUUUGUCUAACAGAAAUUUUGGAGGAAUUUUAUAUGUUUCUCGUUUAGUUUUUAGGGCAACUAAAUGACAACAUAUAAAGUAUUAAUAACUCUAAAUAUUCCCUUAAUUUUUAAGUUUUAAAGGUGCAAUUUAUUUAUCAUCUGAAACAAUACUUGGAGAUUUUUUUCUUAACUUAUUUUACAUAAUCCUUCCACAUCUUUUUUUAUUAAAAGUUUUGUUAGAGGUAUUUAAAAAAAAAUCCACAAUUUUUUCAGAUCAAGCCGAAUAGACAGAUUUUGUGGUCUCCAUAUUUGUUUUUAAAAUUCACAAUUUAAAUUAAGUCUGAUUUACAUUUUUUUUGGUAUUUUAAUAUAUUGUUGUCGUGUUAUUUUGUAAUGUUUGUUUUUCAUUUAGAAUAUUUUAAAACAAUUUCCAUAAUUUUUUAACAAACAUCUGUCUAUUUAACAUAAAUAUUUUGCACCUUGCCACCUAUUUCAAUAAGUAUAUGUAUGUACUUCGCUUUUUUUUAUUAUUAUGUGUGUUUGUAUGAGUUUUACCUACGUAGGUAGACUGCUCCCGGUGUAAAUACCUAAUUAAGUUUUUAAUAUAAUGUAUUUGCGACUGUUGACUAAAUAAAGAGGAAAGUUUUAA